CAGGUUCCUGUGAGGUUUCUCGCUUUCUCUUCACUGUGAACUUGUUACUCCCCUCGCCUGGCGGGUUGACAGACGAGGCGACAAUGGCCGACGAAGAGGAGGGGGAUACCUACCGGGAGAUGAAGCUUUUUCCACAGCUGUGGCCCCGCCACAGGUGCCGCUCUCAGAGUGAUACCUCCGGAUUUCGAGCUAGAGUUUUGUUCAAGCUCCGGGGAGCCCGCUCAGUUGAGGGACUGGAGAAAUCAACAUCUCUGGCCAGCUGCGACGUGGCGGUGGACAGCUCUGCCAAUGCCCAGAAUGCCCAUGCAUCACGGCAGCAGCGAGGCAAGCUGUCAACCCUGGGCAAACUUUUCAAACCCUGGAAGUGGAGGAAGAAGAAGACCAGCGACAAGUUCCAGGAUCUUUCAAAAGUUCUAGAGAGAAAAAUCUCCACUAGACAAACGAGGGAGGAGCUCAUCAAGAAAGGAGUUCUCAUCCCAGACCAAGAUGAACCAGUCAUCAGUGAAAAUCUGAACGGCCAUGCCACAUCCAGUUUGACGCCAGAGGAAGUCAAAGUCGACAUUGAGUCUCAAGAAACACUGCGGGAGGAACAGGCAACUGGCCCGGUCAGAACUGAGGAGAAACCAGAAAGGUCUGAUACUAAACCUAACACCCGGGCAAAUCAGGCGCGACCUCGAGAGACUCAAGCUAAAAAACAGCCAAGCGCCACUCCGCCCGCAUCAUCCAAACCUGCCGGUGGCACCGCAGCCACGGCAAAGCACAAGGAUGGUGCCUCUGGGGCUAAAAAGACAACUAAAACCACUGUCAAGACUGGGUCGUCCACACAGGCUAAAGCUAACCCCCCACGGAACACUAACACAACUGGUCGCGGGACUGCCAAGUCCUCUCAUCCAAAGAAGACGGGAUGCACAACAAAAAGCACCACCACCUCCACCUCCACACCUCGUUCUCGUGCGUCAAAGGACACUGGCUCUGCAGCACAGAAUGAAAGGACAGAUGCAAAGGCCAACCGGAAAUCAGACACUCCGACUUCAUCGUCUGUACUUCAAAAAGCCUCUGCAGAGACUCUUAACCCACCUGGAGACUUAAAAGCUUCUCGCCUUUCCUCAGACACCAAAUCUAUUUCAUCUAAAGUCUCAAGCAAUGACACAGCGGGAGCUCAGGGGGACUCUGUCCAAGAUCCCAAAUCUUCACCUGACGCAUCGCGUGCAGGUGAAGAUACCCAUAAAGGUGCAGUUCCUGGAACCACAAGUCAGUCUUCUCAUGUCAACACUGCUACAGAAAACACAUCAUUCGCAGAUGGAGAGGCGCGCGGCAGCUCACAGAGCGAUAAACAGGAGAGGACAAAAGAGGAGGGAGGAGGAGGUGGAACGAAGAAAGGAGAAACAGAGAAUGUUGUUGAAAAUGGCCGGAGGUCAGCAGAGGAUGAAGCAGAAAAGCCGCAGCGACCCAGGGUAAAAACAGAGCAGGCCGAGGUGACCGUGAUACCCGAUAGGCCGAGAGACAGCCAAACUAGUGACUCUGAUUCUGACGGACCAAUCCUGUACCGGGAUGAGGAGGAAGAAGAGGAGGAGGAAGACGAGGACUCAAACACCUCUCUUGCCAGCAAGAUCCGCCGACGAGACACCUUGAACAUUAAACUGGGGAACCGACCCAGCAAGAAAGAGCUGGAAGAGAAAAACAUUCUGCCACAGAGUUCAGAGACGGAGAGGCACGAGCUACGCCAGCAGAUUGGCAGCAAAUUAGUCAGACGCCUGAGCCAAAGACCAACCACAGAGGAGCUGGAGCAGAGAAACAUUCUGAAGCAAAAGAAUGAAGCAGAGGAACAAGAAGCUAAGCAAGAGAUUAAAAGGAGGCUCACGAGAAAGCUGAGCGUGAGGCCGACGGUGGCAGAGCUCGUUGCUAGGAGGAUUCUUCGUUUUAAUGAAUAUGUGGAGGUAACGGACGCCAAGGAUUAUGACAGACGAGCUGACAAACCCUGGACACGGCUUACUCCUGCUGACAAGGCUGCUAUCCGUAAGGAGCUGAAUGAGUUUAAAAGCCGAGAGAUGGAGGUUCAUGAAGACAGCAAACAGUUCACCAGAUUUCAUCGGCCCUAAGUCUCCUCAAUGCCCCGUCGACGUCAGCGCCACAAGCUCUCUGGUCCACAUCUCCCAGCAGGCUCAGCUCAGUCCACUUCACUCUGGAACUCAGUCGACCUUUUUCACAGCGGACUUUUUGUCUUGUCACAGCAGGAGAAGCACAGGUGUACUUUACAACAUUUAAACGUGGCUGUGUGUCGUUCAGGUUAACCAGUUCCAAAACCUUGGAUGUGCGCUCAUACUUUAGAAGAGCGAUUGAUAGGAAGGUGACACUCGCUUCACCUGCAUUUUUCCUACUGAAGCACAUCGGAAUAUCUUAUGUAAAAAAGCUCUGUUGCCCCCGAUGAAACUUUUAAGUCUAUCAUAACAUCUGUGUGUGUUUCUUGGCACCCAUAAAACAUUUGCACAUAUCCAAUGUCAGGAUAGUGGCGUGUAUUGUGCUCAGAGUAGAUUUAUUUAUUGUAGAGUAUCAGAACCAGCUGGUACACAAAAUAUUUUGUGUAUUUCUUUUUUUUUUUUUUUUGUAUGUAUGUUUUUGGUCAGCCCUGUUGUAGUGAAUGUGAGUGUACUGUAGAGUUUGUGUCCUUACCAGGGUAUGCCUUGUCAGUAACUGACAAAUGGCCAAAUAUGGGCAACUUCCUAGUACAGGAAGUGGGGUUGAUUGGAUAGUUUCAUGCUGAUUGGGCGACCGUGGCUCAGGGGGUUGGGAAUCGCAUCUGUAACCGGAAGGUCGCCGGUUCGAUCCCUGGGCUCU